GAGCUGCAGGUGGGCAUCGAAGGCAUCCUGGGCCUCGAGCUCGACGUCAGCGACAGCAAGACGGACAAGGACACAUCCUCCAUCAUCGUCGCCACAGCACAGGCGUACGAGGACGAAUUUGGCAGCUUGCCUGAGGACGUCGACCUCAUUGAGGACGGCUUCUACCUGAGCAACAAGGGCGACGACACUGUGAUUAUCGGCUCGAACGAGCGCGGCGCCCUGUACGGUGCCUUUGAGUACCUCUCGAUGCUGGCGCAGGGUGAUUUCAGCAAAGUGGCCUACUCGACCAACCCGGACGCGCCCAUCCGGUGGGCGAACCAGUGGGACAACCUCUGGGACAACGGCACGCACGGCAGCAUCGAGCGCGGAUACGGAGGCGUGUCCAUCUUCUACGACGGCGUGGGCCACGUACGCGAGGACCUGUCGCGUGUGCCCAUGCUGGGUCGCCUGCUGGCCUCGAUCCGCGUCAACGGCAUCGUGAUCAAUAACGUGAACGCGGACCCAACGAUCCUGAGCCAGCGCAACUGGGACGGCGUCGAGGAGAUUGCCAACCUGUUCCGCCCUUGGGGCGUACGCAUCGGUAUGUCGCUCAACUUUGCGUCGCCGCAGACGUUUGGGGGGCUCGACUCGUUCGACCCGCUGGACGACCAGGUCAUCGACUGGUGGCAGGGUAUCUCGGACGAGAUGUAUGAGCGCGUGCCGGACUUUGCGGGCUACCUGGUCAAGGCCAACUCGGAGGGUCAGCCAGGCCCGAUCACGUACAACCGCACGCUCGCGGACGGGGCCAACAUGUUCGCCAAGACGAUUGCGCCGCACGGGGGCGUUGUCAUGUUCCGUGCGUUUGUGUACGACAAGCUGGACUGGAACGACUGGCACGCGGACCGGGCCAACGCGGCGGUCGAGUUCUUUGGCGAGCUGGACGGGCAGUUUGACGACAAUGUCGUGGUGCAGAUCAAGUACGGACCGAUCGACUUUCAGGUGCGCGAGCCCGUCUCGCCGCUCUUCUCGACGCUCAGGGAGACGCCCAUGGCCAUUGAGCUGCAGGUGACGCAGGAGUAUCUCGGCCAGCAGUGCCACCUGGUCUACCUGCCGCCGCUGUGGCAGACCAUCCUCGACUUUGACCUGCGCGUGGACGGUAAAGAAUCGAGGACGCGCGACGUGCUCAACGGCAACGUCUUUGACAAGAAGCUGGGCGGCUACACGGCCGUGACCAACGUUGGCAUGGACCAGACCUGGCUGGGCAGCCACCUGUCCAUGUCGAACCUGUACGCCUUUGGGCGUCUGGCGUGGAACCCGACGCUCGACUCGGGCGCCAUCCUCGACGACUGGACGCGCCUGACCUUUGGCCUCGGCCGCAGCGUGCGCGAGACGAUCCGCUCCAUGUCCCUCGAGUCGUGGCCGGCGUAUGAGAACUAUACGGGCAACCUGGGCAUACAGACGCUGACGGACAUUCUCUACACGCACUACGGGCCCAACCCGGCCUCGCAGGACAACAACGGCUGGGGCCAGUGGACGCGCGCGGACGGUGAAGGCAUCGGUAUGGACCGCACCGUCUGGAACGGCACCGGCAACGCAGGCCAGUACCAGCCCGAGGUGGCUGCUCGCUUCGAGGAGACGGAGACGACACCCGACGACCUCAUGCUGUGGUUCCACCACGUGCCCUACACUUUUGAGUUGCACUCGGGCGAGACGGUGAUUCAGCACUUCUACAACGCGCAUUACGCUGGCGCCGAGACGGCUGCCACGUUCCCAAAGAGGUGGGAGACACUCCGUGGGCGCAUGGACGACGAGCGCUUUGAGCACGAGCUGUACCGCCUCACGUACCAGGCCGGUCACUCCCUCGUCUGGCGCGACGCUAUCAACGAGUUCUACCGCAGCCUGUCGGGCAUCGCGGACGUGCAAGAUCGUGUGCGUAACCACCCCUGGCGCAUCGAGGCCGAGGACAUGGAUCUCGACGGCUACGCGCCCGUCGACGUGGAGCCAUUCGAGACAGCAUCGCAGUACAGGGCUGUUGUCACCAACGAGACAGGCACGGCGACGACGACGCUCAAUUUCCCGGAUGGCACGUAUAACCUGGCCGUCAACUACUAUGAUGUGGUGGGCGGCAACGCGACGUACACGGUGGCCCUGAAUGGGAAGACGGUGGGCACGUGGCAGGGCGAUGCGGAGUUUAGGCUGGGCAAGUUCCCGAGUGAGUAUCUGGAUGGGCACUCGGCGAUCCGCGUCACGUUUGAGGGUGUGCAUGUUAAAAAGGGGGAUGAGCUGGUGGUCACGGGUAUGGCGGACGGGUCGGAGCAGGCGCCUUUGGAUUAUGUGUCUGUGCUGCCGCUGGGAGUUGUAGAUUAGGGAGGGAGUAUCCA